ACACAUUGUGUUGUUCUUCUCAAAACUGGACAAUGUGUCAAGAUUCACAUUCUUAUGCAUUUGAAGAACAAGUAACAUUGGUGAGAGAUACUUUUCAUGGAGUUGUGGUUCUUCUACAGGGAUAUCAAGUUUCUUUUGUAACAGCUAUUUUAAAACCUGUGGAUUUCACCUUAUAUGCAUUUGAAGUCAGAAAUGGUCUCGGUACUGGAAAACUUUUAGUUCAACUGAAGCACUUAAUUGAAGAUCCAAACGCAGAAUGCUUGAACACAGAUAAAAGUCAAGCUACAAUUUACGUCUCGGUAUUAAUUAUGAUGAUAUUCAUUAUUCUGAUAUUCAGCGUUUAUCACAUAAUCUUAGUUAAACGAGUGAAGAAUCAAACAAAUAAGAAUAAGGAUAAUGUUGUUAGCGUAGAAAGUCAGUAUGAAGAAAUUCAAAUGGAAGAAGCAGGCACAAAUGACGUACUGCGAAGGAGUAUUGAGUGUUUAGCACCUGAACUUAACGAGGGAUCAAGAAGUAUUGAGUGUUUAGCGCCUGAACUUAACGAGGGACCGAGCUCUUCUGACGAUUAUGAUGACAACUAUUUAGACGAACGCUCUGUCUCAGGUUCAAUAGAAAGUGAGGAUAAACGAGGAGAAUCACAGUAUGAAUCGUUUGAAAAAAAUCAGGAUGAACAGUAUUUGAGCAAUCAUGCAUAUACGGAAGGAAGAUUGAGUGAUACAUUUGUAAAGGAUGUUAUAGAGGGAUAGAAUACACGCUAUUCCAGUAGAAAUAAUUACUAUUUGCAUGAAUAAUUAUGACUAAAAUAGAUAUGAAAAAAACUAAUAAAA